AUGAAACAACUCUUUAUUGUAUCGCAAGAAUCAAAUGGAAAAGGACCUGUUGUGUUCAGCUGGCAAAAAAGCGGAAACUAUUUGGCAUGUGUCGGCCCAUACAGACGUGUUCAAAUAUUCGAUAGACAAGGAAAUCUUUUCCAUCAAAUUUCAUUAGAAGAUCCUGGCAGAGUACUUGCAUUGGAUUGGGAUUGUUCCGAUGAAACACUAGCAAUCAUGCAAGAAGGCUCAAGUAAAAUUCCCCUAUUUCAUAUUAAUACAAAGAAAGAAGAAAGCAUUGAAACGAAUACAAAAGAGCUAAGUUUUAUGAGAUGGGCCGCCGCUGGACCCUAUCUCGCAAUCGGAAGUGUCAAAGGAACACUCUUAAUUUAUAAUAAGAAAUUGAGCAAAUAUGUCCCCAUCAAAGGAAAACAUACCAAGAAAAUAACAUGUGGAUCAUGGAACUCGCAAAAUGUCCUAGCAUUAGGUUCUGAAGAUUUACAAGUAACCAUUAGUGAUGUUGGAGGUGACACCCUCAAACAAAAACAAGCAAAAACAGAACCAAAAGGAAUGGAAUUUGUACGAGUAAAAAAGAGAAAUGCAAAAGACACAACAGUGGCUGCCAUUGUCGGUGGAAACUUUUGGAUGUACGACUAUGAUGAUGAAACGGAAUCAAAGCCAACAGAGUUAGGUUUCAGUGAUGAAUAUGGUCGGAUGAUCUCAUUCAAAUCGUUUGGAGAUGGGUAUUUAUUGCUUGGAUUCGAUCGAGGUUAUGUUGUUAUUGCUUCCACACACUCUGAUGAGAUUGGUAUGGAAGUAAAUUCAUGCAAGGUUCACGAUUCUGAAUUGAAAUAUGUUACCUAUUGCGAGGCCUUGAAAAAGGGAGCAUCUAUUGGAGAGAAUUGCGUGAAAGUUUUUGAUUUGUCUGAUUUGUCAGCCUUUGACACAAAUGUGAUCGACAAGUACGAGCUAGAUAAUGAGUAUGGAGCUUUGAGCCGAGCUGAAUGGACAGAAGACGGUCAAAUUUUAACAGUAAGCUCCAAUAACGGUAAUCUGUACAAUUUUUUGACAAGCAUUCCUGCUCUGAACGAUUGUCACGGCAAAAAUGUUCUCAUGCUCGUAUCUUUGAGAGAAUUAAUAAUUAAGGAUGAAGUUACCGAGAAAAUAAUUGCUCGGUUCAGUAUUGAUAUUGAACCUAGCUUUGUAGCACUUGGACCAGAGCAUGUUGCUGUAGGAAUGAACAACAGAGUUUGGUACUAUAGAAUUGACAAUGGUAAAGCCACCCUAAUUUCUACACGAGAGUAUUUGGGAACUGUAGAAAAAGUCUGUGUUGGUUUUGAUUAUGCUGCUGUACUUUCAGGCGGUAAAAUUACGCUGCACCUUAUUGAAGAUCCGGCACAGGAUGAAAAAUGGAAAGGACGUGAAGAGAAACACUUCCCAGAGAAAGACGAUGGAUCUUCCAUUACUACACUCACAAUGGCUCCCGAUUUUCUUAUUUAUGGAACCUCUCGAGGCGCUUUGUAUUACUUUUCGCUCGAUGACUGGUCGACUGUAAAUGAAUUUAGGCAUGAUGUCGGUAUUACUUCCGUGUUUACCAAUAUAAUAGGCACUAGACUUGUAUUUAUUGACGAGACCAAUGCUGGAUUUUUGUAUAGCCCCGUAGAUGAUUCUCUUUGUGGCAUCGACUCCUUCCCAAGUUCUGUUGACAAGGUUCUUUGGGAUCAAGCUGACCAAAAUAUUUUCGUAGCCUGCGAUAGCAAGAAAUUCACCACAUAUGUUUACAGUCACACCACAAGGUGGGGACCCAAGGUAUAUGUUGUUAAACUAGAUGGCGACACUCCUUCGAAAACACCAAGACCUGAAGGUUUCUCUCCAAUUUUCCUCAAUAAUGGAAAAGUGUGCUGUCAAAUGAAAAAUGGCUCGAUUGCUCAUAUUCGAUUAUCGAGUCAUUCAGAAAUUGAAGUGAAAAGCAAAGAAGAUAAGAAGAGAGCCUUCGCUCAAAACAUUGCACUACUUAGAUUAGAGGAUGCAUGGUCCAACGCUUUCGACCUCAACCAAGAAGAUUUUUGGAAUAAGCUCAAAGACGUUGCCAUAGACAAUUUAGAAUUGGAGCUUGCAUUGAGAGUUUAUAGACUCAAAGGAAAUGCAUCAAUGGUUAUGGCUCUCUCCGAGCUUAUCAACCUCGACGAGAUCAAUCUCAUCAUCGGUAACUUGGCCAUGAUUUCUGGUGAUUUUACCGAUGCGGAAUCCAAGUUCCUUCAAUCCACUCAACCAAUCAAGGCUUUAGAAAUGAGAAGAGAUUUAAUGAAUUGGGAUCGUGCUCUACAGUUAGCUCAAACCCUUGAUCCAAAACAAAUACCUCUCAUCUCAAGAGAGUAUGCCAACCAAUUGGAAUUAAAAGGAGAAUUCCAAAAAGCCUAUGAACUCUAUCAAAGGGCUCUCAUGGAUUCCAAUCCUGAAAACAAUGCUCACAACCAAAUGUGCAAUGAAGGCCUCUGUAGAAUUACUAUUCGAUUGGGCGAUCUUAGAAAAGGUUUUGAACUUGCAAUGAAGAGCAAGAAUAAGAAGCUUUGUAGAGAAUGCGCCCAAAUAUUUGAAGAGCUUUCUCAAUUCGACGAUGCUGCAGCGCUUUAUGAAGAAGCUGAAAUGUAUGAAAAGGCUGCCGAAGUUUAUAUUCAAAACAAAAGUUAUUCCAAAGUUACAAAUCUCAUGAAAUCGAAGAAUAUUAUGAACCCAAGACUCCAUCUUCAAUUCGCCAAAGCUAAGGAGCUGGAAGGCAAAUAUGAGGAAGCAGCAAACUCAUACGAAAAAGCAGGUGACAUUAAUAGUGUGAUUAAUAUCAACCUUCGCUAUUUAAACAAUAUUCCAAAAGCAAUCGAAUUGGUUAAAAAGACAAACUCAACAGAUGGAGCGAACCUCAUUGCCACUUAUUGCAAAGAAAAGGGUAACUAUAGAUCUGCUAUCGAAUUUCUCAUCAUGGCAGAAAAGGUCGAAGAGGCCUUUGAUAUUGCCAAGACACACGAUGAAAUGGACACCUACGCCAAAAUCAUUGAAAAUAAGGCAGAAAAAUCGGAUUACUUGAGCAUCGCCAAAUACUAUGAAUCUAAAGUAGCUUUGGAUAAGGCCGCUGAUUACUACUUUAAGUGUGACGAGUUUGCUACAGCCCUCACUUUGUAUGUUCAAUGUUCGAGCAGACUGAAACAAGACUCUAAGGAGAUGGAGUCUGUCAUUGAUAAGGCCAUUGACGUCGUCGCUGCAGCAAAGAACGACAACCUGACGCAUUCAUUGAUUGACUUUUUAAUGGGACAAGUUGAUAAUGUUCCAAAAGAUCCAAAGCACGUUUUUAGACUAUACAUGGCACUAGGCAACUUUAAGCAAGCUGCAAGUACUGCACUCGUUAUUGCAAAACAAGAACAAGAAAUUGGAAACUAUCAAAUUGCUCACUCGAUUUUGUACGACACGGUCAGACAGCUUGAAAAGAAGGGUCACCACGUACAAUUUGAACUCAGAGAAAGCCUCAAUCUUUUGCAUUCGUAUCUCAUUGUGAAAUACUUGACAAAAAUGCAAGAGCAAACCAUUGCGUCUCGAAUGCUCCUCCGUAUUACAAAGAAUAUCAGCAAAUUCCCUCACCACAUCGUUCCUAUCCUUACAUCCUCAGUUUUACUGUGCUACAAAUCAGGGUUGAAAAAGUCAGCAUUCGAGAAUGCAACCAUUCUCGUUCGACCUGAACAUCAAAAUCUUAUUCCAGCAGAAAAGAAAAAGACGAUUGUUCAACUUGUGAGAAAGCGAAAAGCCUACGAAGACGAACAAGAAAACACCUCUCCUUGUCCCAUUUGUUCUGCACAAGUGCCAGAUUUUUCACUCUAUUGUGAACAUUGCAUGAAUAAUUUGCCCAUGUGUAUCUCGUCAGGUAUGCACAUGACUUUGGAUGAUUGGUGUCAAUGCCCUCAAUGUGAAUUCUCUUCAAAACAUUCCUUCUUUAUCAAAAUGCUUGAAACUCUAGGAAACAAGUGUCCCAUGUGCUCUCAAGUGGUUAAUCCCAAGGAUGUCCAAAAACUUUCCACCGAACAAGCCAAGCUAGUGGUUGAAAAGUAUCUCAAGUAA